AUGUUGUUCUACUUCACGGACAUGGCAUGGUCAUUCGCUCUCAGCGGCAUGGGGGGGAUGAAGCCUCUGCCUUGCAGACUUGGAACCGAGCGUGCACGCACUUGUUCGAUUGAUGGGCAAAGGGGGAAGAGGGGAGGACAGCGAAAGCUAUCCCGCACAUCGUUGUGCAAGGGGAACGGUGAAGAGAACACAGACGACGCGGCUAGGAGCCUGGAGGGGAUGAGCCUGGAGGAGAUCGAGGCCCUUCCCGAGCUGGGGGAGUUGUCGUGCGGGGAUCGGCCGCCCAUGAUCGAAGAGAUCAUGCAGGAAGACGUGAGGUUCGAGUACAAGAUGAGGGCCUUGAGAGGAGAGUUCUCUCCCUCUGUCGGCGAGGACACUGAGGACAGCCUUCAUCUGGCAGAGGCUCUUCUGAAAUUCCCCGGCCCGUGCGAACUUAGAGUGGUUGUGCGCAACGAGGGAGAGGUAGCGCAAGAGCUGUCGGGCAUGCUGGCGUCUGUGGAAGGCCUGAAGGUCGUCUCCAAGACGCAAGAGCCUCGGAUGGGAGGUAAGUUCCUAGCUGUACAAUUCCAAGUUGAGGUGGAAUCUGCAUUGGUGCGCCAGAGGGCCUUUAAGGUCUUGGAGCAAGACAAGAGAGUGAAGAUGAAGUUUUGA